UUCACUGUUAAUGAUACCGAGUACAGCACUGGGUAUUACUUGUCUGAUGGAAUCUACCCGGAAUAUACCACUCUCAUCCAAACUAUAUCAUCUCCUGACACUCCCAUGAAGCGGCAUUUUGCAAAAGUCCAAGAAGCUCUACGUAAAGACAUCGAACGAGCAUUCGGAGUGUUACAGGGCAAAUGGCAUAUUUUGCGUAACGGUGCGCGGCUGUGGUCGGACUCUGAUCUCGAGGCUAUUGUGUUGUGUUGUAUUAUAUUACAUAACAUGAAUAUUGAAGAUAAUAGAAACACUCAAGAACCCAACCCUUACCUAACUCAAGAACAUCACUUUGUAGUCCGUCCGCCUGAAAGCAGUACAGCUUGGACAAACAAUCGCGCUGGGUAUUUAGCAAAGUUUAAGAACAUGCGCGAUAAGAAAGCACAUCAUCAGCUCAAAGCCGACUUGGUGCAACAUCUCUGGAAUGCGAAAGGA